CCUCAUAGAUUGUUUUUUGGUAGACUCAGCAGCUGUGAGCCUUACGAUGUCUCCCACAGGAGAUUUUCUAGCUUCAACACAUGUAGAUGAUCUUGGAAUUUAUUUGUGGUCAAACCGUUCUCUGUAUUCACUUGUCUCUUUACGGCCCCUUCCAGCAGAUUAUGAACCUUCUAUGGUGACACGCCCUAGCACCUGCCCUAUGCAAGAUGUGGAUGUGGCAGGAGAUGAAGAAACAUGUGAUGAGAUGAUAGAAUAUGUCUCACCUGAGCAAUUGGGAGAGCAGCUGGUGACCCUUUCCUCAUUACCGGAAUCAAGAUGGAAAAAUCUCCUCAGUCUUGAUGUUAUCAAGAAAAAAAAUAAACCAAGAGAGCCACCAAAAGUUCCCAAGACAGCCCCUUUCUUCAUCCCAACAGUUCCUGGUCUUAUACCCCGAUACAUUGCUCCAGAGGAAGAGAAUGAUACACAGUCAAAGGUAGUAAACCUUGGAAUACUGGCACAGAAAUCUGAUUUCUACAUUCAUCUUGAAGAAGCCCUGAGCACUAAUGAAUAUACAGCUCCACUUAAUUUACUGAAAAGCCUGGGACCAUCUAAUAUUGAGAUAGAACUAAGGGGUUUGGCCCCUGAAGGUGGUGGCUCAAUGGAAGUGAUGCUAAGCUUUUUGAGAAUGAUUGGGAUGAUGCUGAACAAGAAGUACAACUUUGAACUUGCUCAGGCAUACCUUGCACUAUUUUUAAAGUUACAUCUUAAGAUUCUCUCAUCAGAGCCAAACCUAUUGGAAGAGGUAUCCAGAUUGUCAACGCAACUUGAGGAAACUUGGAUUCAUUUGCGGACGAUCUUCAAUCAGAGUCUGUGUGUGUUAACAUAUGUGAAAAGCGCUUUGCUGUAAAAUACUUACAGGUUUUGUCUGCAUAAAAUUCGCCUCGGAAUAAUAGUACAACUUAUUACCAAAAAUACUGGAUUCCAAGAAUUAUACUGGGACUUCUGAUGCUGUAUUUUGUACAUCUGUGUAUGGCAAAGUAUUUCAGAAC